AUGGAUCAACCUGGAACUCACAAUUCUUUAGCAGAACCUACAAACAACAAUCUCGAGUCGAAGUAUUCGAAUCAGAUGAAGUUUAUAGUUGAUGGUGAGCCUCAAGAUCCUUCCUUAAUUCUAGAUUCGUCGCGAAACUCUCUUCGUCUAACAUAUGGAUGUGCAACAAGUAGCAAUAUCAUUAUGAAAAUCUACCAACAGUCAGAUUUGACAGCCAGAGCAUUAUUUGAGUAUAAAUUACUCUGUGCAGUGGUAUUUUCUAAUCCCGCAGCUGUAUUCUUACUGAUAUUUACUAACGCGAAAAGAAACUCUCGACAAAUUCGGGAUGUAACUGGUAUGGACCUAGCGCAGAUACAUAGAGCUCAUUUUUAUCUUUGGGUCAAUAUCGCAUUGUGGAUUCUUGUGGAGUGUGUAGUUGGGAUUGGUAUGGCUAUUGCACUUAAUUUACUCAUCUCUGAGAUUACUCUGAUAUCUAUGCGUGAUAUUUGUCUUUGA